UUGAACAUCUUCAAAGUACAUGUGUACUCUGACCCUCUCGCUAAGCUACCUCACCAGACUCUCAAUAGGUACCUACCUAGAUAGUUAUCUAACGUACCACAAGUGUGGGGUAACGCGGAAGCAUGCGCAAAGCCGCCUAAAAGGAGUACUAUAGUUCUCCACAUCAUGGAAUUCAACUCGUGAAUGCUCAUCUUCUCUUCCUCCCAGGACAAACAAAAUGGAGUCACUCCAAGUUGGCUGGAUUGGCCUGGGCAACGCUGGCUACCCGAUGGCAGCCUGCCUUGCCAAAAGAGGACAUCGACUCCUCGUCCGCGACGCAGAUCCCGCCCGUAGUGUGCAGUUCGUCGAAAAGUAUCCCAAGUGCAGGAUGGCGACGCUCGACGCCGAGUCCUUCAAAGACUGUGAUGUUGUUGUGACCAUGUUGCCAAACGGCGAGGUCGUGAGAGACGUCCUGUUUGGCGACCAUGGAAUCGCCGGGCACUUGAAGCCAGGCUCGGUCGUCAUCGACACCAGCUCAUCCUCGCCCUUUCAUACUCGCGACUUGGGAGGCGAGCUCGCGAAGCUCUCUGUCGAUCUUGUCGAUUCGCCCAUCACGCAGGAACGGCUUCACGCCAUUGAUGAUCGGGGCGCUACUCUCAUGGUAGGCUCGGACUCACCCGACGCCCUUCAGAAGGUCAUGCCGAUCCUCAAAGAUAUGAGUACUCAUGUCUUCCCAAUGGGCGGAUUGGGAACCGGCCAUACCAUGAAGACACUUAACAAUUAUGUCAGUGUUGGUAGCAUCAUCGCUCUCUGCGAUGCUUUGGUGACCGGCCAAAAGCUCGGAUUGGAUCCGCAGACCAUGAUCGAUGUUUUAAAUGUCGGCACAGGAGUGAACUUCUCGACCAAGUAUUCCAUGCGGAACUUAAAGUCCUUCGAUACGGGUUACCAACUUGAAUUACUUGUCAAAGACGUCAAGAUCGCCAAAGAAGUCAUCGAACAGUCCGGGUUCGAAUCAGAACUCCCUGGAUUGGCUCUGAAGUACUUGGAGGACUCGUUGAAGCUGGUUGAAACGGGAGCUGAUCAUUCUGAAUGCAUCAAAAGCUGGGAACAGCGAGCCGGUGUCGAGAUUGCGAAGACAGAACGAAGGGGUGAUGAGACGAGACUUCAACGCUCGGGCAGCGUCUCUCAGAAGGAGCCUGUUCUAUAUUUCUGAUUGAAGCUAAUACGUCGCUUGGGAGCAGCGCAUUCAAUGUAUACAGGCGACUUCUAGGGCGCAUUCACUGUUCUGAAAUCCUGCAGUGUUGUUUUCCACAGAGCUUGUUUGCAAAUCACAGUGCUACUACCUCCCAUGAUUGAGGUACGCCAUUGCUAUCAAAACAUACGAAAAGGAUACUCUCUUGCAUGUUCAACAAUAAUAAA